ACCCUUUCUUUCCUUCCUCGUUGUUUUGUUUGUUUGCUCAAAGCAAGUGCUGGUUGGUCUCGCUUCUUUAUUUUGCUGCAGAGGGUUCUGUAGUUGCUUCUCCUGAGUUACUCCUCCUCUCCACGCAUCUCUGGAAGACACCGGAAUACGCCGAAUCAAUAUUUUACACAUUCUUGUUCAAUAUUUUCAUGUUCAUACCAGUUGAGAAAUGCUGUGGCUUUCAAUAGUUGGUUUUGGUCUCAUCGCCAUCCUAGUCGUGCGGAUCAUUGGUUUUUUCUGCGCGUUUCGGAGAGCUCCGCUUUCUCUCCUGCUCGCACUCUUCGCCGCCGUGUACAUUGCUUUCUCUAUAAUCUUGCUGGUUCCCAUCGAUCUUGCCACGACCACUUCAGAUUACCAACCUCUGCUUUAUCUGCCGCGUCAGGCGACCUUUGCGCUAUGGAGAAUCGUGUAUUGGCUGUCUUUUGCUCUCACAUGGGCGAUUCUUCCCAUGACGCAGGCAUUUCUGGAGUCUGGUCAUAAAGACAGAAGCAAGCGAAUGCAGGAGGCGAUCAGGUCUAACGCCCGGUAUCAGCUCGUGCAGCUCACGUUGGCAGCCGUCGGGCUCGUUUACUUCACGUUGUAUGCUGGCUUCUCAAUUACGUCUCUGAAAGCGAUGGCGAUUGCUUUAUCACACAGUUAUUCUUUGAUUCUGUCAAUAAUCUUCCUUGGAAUCGGAGUCGUCGGAAUCCCCCGUGCUCUAUACAACAGAUCAUCAUCCGAUAAGCGACUCCGGGCGCUUGAGGAACUUGCACCCUCCUUGAAAGAUCACCAAACCGAGGCUCGAAUGCAGUACAGCGACGUGUCUGCUGAGGUUCGCGCGCUGACAUCAGUCAUGGAUGGACCGUUUGAAUUAUGGAUCGCAGAGCUAAUCAACGACGCGCAAGACGUCGUACCCGCUCCGCCGUUGAACAGAAUGCAGGUCACAGAGGAGUAUUUGUCGACGCUCACGUUCCGGCUGCGCAAAUGCAGACUUCAGUACGAACGAUACGAGUAUGAGUGGAACCAGCUGAUUCUGCAAGCGGCAGAUCUUUUGGAUAUCAUUGCCAGCAGACAAACACACGAGCUCAGGUUCCGGAUGCGGAACAGUAAGCUUUCGCCUAAGCUAGCAUACUUUUAUUACGUGUGGAUCAAGCCACUGUUGUUCAAGAUCUACGCGUUGCUCACGGCCGCGUUCUCGGCACUGGUGGUCAUGUCUGAAAUUCUCGAGAGCACCGAGUUUUCGAUCCUCGGAUUCUUGUCUACACUGCUGGACGGUUUCCAGCAAGAAUUGCUCUCGUUUGCGAUCGUGGGCUACAUGUGCAUCGCUGCGUACUCCAGUCUGGCCAAAGUGCGCAUAUUCAACAUCUUCAACCUCGCUCCUAGACACACAGACACGCGGUCGGCUAUUUUCUACGCGACGCAGAUCUGCCGCAUGACGAUCCCACUGGCGUACAGUUACAUCAGCAUGGUGCCGCCUCACGUACAGUCGUCGGUGUUUGAGGAGUUCUUGCAGCCAUCGAUCAACCUGACGCCGCUGGGCAAGUACUUUGUCCAGUGGCUGCCGCGCUUUAUCUUGAUCCCGGUGCUGGUCUCGUACUUUAAUCUCUACCACUGGUUGCAGCAGAAGCUUGGAUUUUUGGACAGCUUUGGAGAAGACGAGGAGGCGGUCGGCAGCCGCGCGGAGGGCAGAGAUCUGAUCUCGUACGAGCUGAAUGCCAGACGCAUUCGGGCGGAGAGCCGUCAGACCACGCUGUGAUAUCGAGAAAUACAUACGAGAGACGAAUGUACAUAAGUAGUCAACUACAUAAUUCCUCUUAAGAAAAAAAAACUAUUUGUACGCGGUUUCAUGUACGCCGCUACUGAUUUGUAAAUUAUUAAUAUUAAUCCAGAUUACUAAUCAGUAAGCAUUGCGGUUAAGGGCUUCAGCGCGCAUAACUGCACCAAACCACAGACGUUUACCA